UUCGUUCUUAUGUAGUGCGCACGGUGACAUUUGCAAUACAUUGGCUUGAUCCAGCAGAAAAAUCUUCUUAAGAUGCUGGGGAUUGAAUGCAGAUCCUUUGAAAAACUGCCGAGCUCCCUCCUUCCUGCGGUUUGGAGCCUCACAGCCCUGACGGGGCUUUCCUCCAAAGGGUUAAGCUGACAGAGCUGUUGCUUUCCUAGAAAGAGCAGGAAAGGGAUGCUAAGGAGCAUUGAGGGAGGGGGGUGGGAAAAGGAGGGUGUUGUCACUGCACCCCUGGCCUCCUUUGCAGCUGCAGGAGAGAGUGGAGGGCAGGAAAAAACCCUGAAUUUUGGAAGGUGCAUGGACAGCUGACCGGGUCAACGCACCUCUUUAGCGUGAGGGAUGAAAAUGGAGGAGCAAGAACUUGCAGGUCCCACGUCAGCGGAAGGAAAAGGAAAAGCCCUUCACGUCCUCCAGUCUAGGGGUGUCGGGGAAUCCCUGCAGAGGAGACCCUCGGGAGCUGUGAAGCAGGAACCGGCCGAGGACUCCCUCCAUCACUGGGAAGCCCAGUGGCGGGAGUUCCUGAGGACGGUGGAGACCCCCAAAGAAGUGUGCUGGGCAUCCCCUCCACCACCAGAAGAGCCCAGCCCCUGGGACGACACCAAGGCCUUCCUGGCCUCCUUCGAGCAAGUGGCCGAAGCCUGCCGGUGGCCUACGGUGGAGUGGGCGGCCCACCUCCUGCCAGCCAUCAGCGGAGAGGCCGAGCGGGCCUUUAUUGGCUUGGAGGCCAGAGACAGGGAGGAUUAUGGGAAAGUGAAGGCGGCCAUCUUGCGAGGGGAUGCCAUGAAGCGGGAGAAGAACCGGCAGCGCUUCCGGCGCUUCUGCUACCAAGAGGCCGAGGAGCCGAGAGGGGCUUACAGGCGGCUCCAGGAACUCUGCCGCCGGUGGUUGAGAUUUGAAAGGCACUCCAAGGAGCAGAUCCUGGAGCUGCUGAUCCUGGAGCAGUUCCUGGCUAUUCUGCCGCCAGAGAUCCAGGGCUGGGUGAGGGAAUGUGGCCCAGAGACCUGCUGCCAAGCUGUCACCCUGGCGGAGGAUUUCCUGCUGAGACAGCAAGAGGCCGAGAGGCAGGUAAACCAGGUGGUCUUUGAGAAGGCAGCUCUGAGUUCCUCUGAGGCAGGCCAGGCCCCAUCUGAGGUCGAGCAGAGGCAGCUGUGCAGGGAGGCCAAGCAAGAAUAUGACGACGACAUUGAUGAGGAAGAGGCCAGCCUGCUGGGUAAGGAGGGACAAGCCUUGCUUGCGCCCAAGUUCGUCAGCACUCUGUAGGUGCUCCAUUGGCUGACCUCUGCAUUGCAGGGGGCUGGGCUAGAAGCUACAACAGGCAGAAAAUUCAUAAAGUGGUCAGCCAAGACCUGAUCUUCAAGUGGUUCACAGGACAAGACGUCUGGGGAGUCGCCCCUAGAUGUUGCUGGGCUAUAACUCCCACCAGACCUGACCAUUGGCUGUGCUUGCUGGGCGCUGUAGUUCACCAGCAUCAGGAGGGCUGCAGUUUUUCCAUUCCUCACCUAUUUGCUAAUGAUCACCUCUGCUAAUUAGAGUCUCUUGGUUUGGGCUCUUGCUAGUUCUUUGCCUUUAUCCCAGCAGGAGCUGUGUGGGACGGCGAGAUCGAGGUGGAGCCAGACGCAGCAUCUUCAGAAACACUUCUGCAUCAGGAGGUGGAAGAGCACUCUGAAGAUCGAGGCAGGCCAAACAGG